CCGGCGGCCAAACAAGGGCACUCCAAAGUCACAACACGUCCAUUCACAAAGCGUCUGAUUCUAAUAAAAAUCGAGCCCGCAACUAUUCUUCGACUUUGGUUCAGUAGAUCCCACGAAAAGAAACCGAGUUGUCAGCUAGAGUCUGGCAAGAGAGGAAGAUCGUAACAGUGGACAGGAACUUUCCCAAGGAAAGCCGGGAUUCAAAGAUGCCGACUUUCAACAUUGUCGUGUUUGCGGGCGACUAUGCUGGGCCAGAGGUGACCAACGAGGCAAUCAAGGUCCUCAAGGUGGUUGAAAAGUGUGCCAAGGAUGUCAAGUUCAAUUUCCAGGAGCAUCUGCUUGGAGGUUGCUCAAUCGACGCGCACGGCACACCCCUAACCGACACCGCCCUCUCCGCCGCCCAAUCCGCACACGCCGUCCUCCUCGGCGCAAUCGGCGGGCCCAAAUACGGCGUCGGCCCCAUCCGCCCGGAACAAGGUCUCCUCAAACUCCGCAAGGAGAUGAACACAUUCGGCAACCUCCGACCCUGCUUCUUCGCCUCACCCACACUAGCAUCGCGAUCUCCUCUGAAAGAAGAAAUCUGCCAGGGGACCGACAUCAUGAUCGUGCGCGAACUCACGGGAGGAAUCUACUUCGGCGACCGGGUCGAGGGGAACCCAGCCGACGGACCCAACGAAUGGGCCGAAGACCGCGAACCAUACACGCGCGCGGAAAUCGAACGCAUCACCCGUCUCGCUGCCCACCUUGCACUCGCAAAAACUCCACCCGCCAAAAUCUGGAGUCUGGAUAAAGCCAACGUGUUGGCCACAAGUCGAUUGUGGCGCCGCGUCGUGACCGAGACAUUGAGCCGAGAGUUCCCGCAGCUACAAUUCGAGCAUCAAUUGAUCGACUCGGCCGCCAUGAUUAUGGUCAAGAACCCCCGUGCUCUGAACGGAGUGGUUGUCACUUCGAACUUGUUCGGCGAUAUUAUUUCCGACGAGGCCUCGGUGAUCCCCGGCAGUUUGGGCCUGUUGCCAUCCGCGAGUCUGAGUGGAAUUCCGGAUGGGAAUGGGUUGUGUAAUGGUAUCUAUGAGCCUAUUCAUGGCUCGGCGCCGGAUAUUGCGGGCAAGGGGGUGAUUAAUCCGGUCGCUACGAUUUUGAGUGUUGCCAUGAUGUUGCUUUAUAGUUUGAAUAUGCCGAACGAAUCUCGAUUGGUGGAAGAGGCUGUGAAAAAUGUCAUUGAACGGGGGGUUACGACGAGGGAUAUUGGUGGCCAGAACUCGACGGCUGAGGUGGGGGAUGCGGUUGCGAAGGAGCUGGAGGAGUUGUUUAAGAGCUAGAAACAAGCGGAAAAAAAAAGGCAAGGGGAGAGACAGUUGAAAGAUGGAGGCUUUGUUCAGAGAUAGUUGGGGCACCUGAAAAAAAAAAGGAACGGAUGAGAUGAUCUGGUUCAAAAGCACAGACAGGGUACUGGCAUGAGGCUACUAUCUCGUAACCUACCUACUUAGGUAUUAUCAUAGGAACUGCGGAACGGAAUAUUCAAAAAGGCAUUGUGUUCUACAACUUGAAUACAAGAAAAAGCCAUCUCUCAUGCAG